CACUGCAUCAUGCUGCAGGGUAAGGAGAGGAGCUUUGGCAAUGCCUGGCAGUGCCCUGGCCAAAACCUCUCUCACAAACCUCAGGAAUGGGCGUGAGUUUCUUGCUAACACAGCGCGGGAUUUCCUCCCUGCAGCCCGGAUCUGCCCAGAGGAAAUGAUCCUGUUUCUGCAGUCGCAGCUGGGAGAUGACUGGGAGGCUGGAUGCGUGGCAGCCCUGGGUCUGCUGGGUACUCUGGCUCGCUCUGAUGAGCCCAUGAUGACGGAGAAGCUGCCCCAGGUUGUCAAGGCUGUGCAGCGUCUGUGCAGCGACCCCAGGAUCCGGGUGAGGAUGGCUAUUCUGUACUUCAUCAAGGAACUGCUCAGUUCCAACACCCGGAGCUGCUCAGCUUGGGAUGUGGUGGGGCACAUCUUCAGUGAAUUCAGCCGUACCACGGAAAGAAGGGCAGCCGGACACCUUUCUGCCGAGGAAGCCCAGGAAGAAGGAGCUCUCCAAGCACUGUGCAUGGACAUCCUGGGGUCACUGGACUUCUCUGUGAGAGGGAUGUCCAAACUCCUGUGGCCGCGGCUGCUGUUGUUCGUGGUGCCAGCCCAAUACACCGGCAUGCUGAUCCCGGUCUCCCGCUGUGUCCGAGCCCUGUCCGAGAGAGAGGAUCUGACAGGACGGCGGAUAGAAGAUCUGGAUCCCCAUUUUGUCAACUCCAUGUUUCAAG